AAUCUUUAACCUGACUCUAGAGUCAGCUUGAACACUUGCCGUAGGGAUCUUAUCGUGCAUCUGAAGUAACACAAAGUAUAUAAUGGCGCAACUUCCAUUAAAUCCAAAGCCAUUUUUGAAUGGGUUGACCGGUAAACCAGUUAUGAUAAAGCUAAAGUGGGGAAUGGAAUAUAAAGGUUAUCUUGUAUCAGUUGAUGGCUACAUGAAUAUGCAGUUAGCUAAUUCUGAAGAGUUUAUUGAUGGAACAUUUACUGGUAACCUUGGAGAAAUAUUGAUUAGGUGUAAUAAUGUUUUAUAUAUUCGUGGUGUUGAAGAUGAAGACGACGGUGAAGAUGCGAGCAUGAACACUUGACAUGAGUCUAUACAAAAAUAAACAUGUAAUUAUGUAAAGCCGUUUGUCGUUGUUACCUGCUAUUUAAUCAAGAUAACAUCGGUGAAAAAAAAAAGCGUAAACAUUGAAAGAUCAAGCUUACAAAUUUUAUAACUAAUGAAUGGUUAAAACUACGUUUAACAUGAAAAGAUCUUUUUGCGAUAA